AUGAAAACUGGUGCAGCUUCUGUUCAUGUCAUUCUCUUGCUGCUGGUUCCUGUAGCAAGCUUGUGGUUAGACAGUACUGAAGGUGCUACCUGCAGGCCCAGUGGGAGAAUAAGGGGAGAAAAGCCUCCUCCAAGAAGAUGCAACAGAGAGAAUGAUUCUGAGUGUUGCAGAAGGGGAAGGUCUUACCCCACAUUCAAGUGUUCUCCACCUGUGUCUCACCACACAAAGGCAAUUCUAACACUGAAUAGCUUUGAGAAAGGUGGAGAUGGAGGAGGCCCUUCUGAAUGUGAUAACAAGUUUCACUCAGACAACACUCCAGUUGUGGCAUUAUCAACUGGAUGGUUCAAUGACAGAAAAAGGUGUCAUCACAACAUCACCAUCUUUGGAAAUGGAAGAAGGGUCCAUGCAGUUGUUGCCUCUCAAGCUGUUUGGAAGGCCUUGGGUGUUCCAAAAAGUCACUGGGGUGAAUUAAACAUUCACUGGUCUGAUCAGUGUCGCCCCAGUGGCAGAAUCAUAGGAAAGAAACCCCCACCAGGAGAAUGCAACCAAGAGAAUGAUUCAGAGUGUUGUGUGCAAGGCAAGGCCUACACAACAUUCAAAUGUUCUCCAGCAGUGUCGAGCAACACCAAGGCACAACUCACUCUCAACAGUUUUGAAAAGGGUGGAGAUGGAGGAGGGCCUUCAGCAUGUGACAACAAGUACCAUUCUGAUGACACACCAGUGGUUGCACUCUCCACUGGAUGGUUUAACAACAUGAGUAGGUGCCUCCACAAUGUUACCAUCUCUGCAAAUGGGAGAAGUGUUGUGGCCAUGGUGGUUGAUGAGUGUGACUCCACCAUGGGAUGUGAUGAAGACCAUGAUUAUCAACCUCCUUGUCCCAACAACAUUGUUGAUGCCUCCAAGGCUGUCUGGAAAGCCUUAGGUGUUCCUCACAAUCAGUGGGGGGGAUUGCAAAUUACAUGGGCUGAUGCUUAAUGUAAUGCUGUAAUACUAUUACAUGCCUUCUAUCUUUCUGCUUUCUGUGUUGUGCUGUGUUUGUUUGUAUUGUGCCAUUGAAAAAUAGAGUUAUAUUCAUUCUAAUAUACAUAUAUAGAAUGGACCACAUGCUUUUUUUUAGCAGAUUUUAUAUAUAUUUGAGACAAAUUAUAUGUACAUGUAAAAUCCAAUCCAGAUAAAAACUAAAUAACACAGCAGAAUUCACUGAGAAAAGGCUCAAAUUCACUGACUAUAUAUGUCACAAUGACCCUAGUAAUAUAAAACCAGGAAAACAAGAAGAAAAAAA